AUGUCUUCACUCCCCAAGACUUUCAAGAAAGCCGCCUUCACGGGCCAGGGAUCUCGCCUCAGCAUCGAGGAUGCCCAGUUGCAGCUUCCCGGCAAGAAUGAGGUGCUCGUGAAGGUCGAGGCCUGCGGUGUUUGCCAUUCGGACACUUUUGUUCAGGGGAACGCUUACGGUAUUGGCUUCCCAUUGACGCCCGGCCACGAGGUCAUUGGCCGUGUCGCGGCCGUCGGCGAGGAUGUUGUGGCGUGGAAGGUCGGUGACCGUAUCGGAGGGGGCUGGCACGGCGGUCACGAUGGCACCUGCGGAGCCUGCAAGAGGAGCCUCUUCCAGAUGUGCGAAAACGAGGCCAUCAACGGAGUCACCAGAAACGGCGGGUACGCGGAAUACGUGCUCGUCCGCUCCGAAGCGGGCGUCAAAGUCCCCGACGACGUCGACGCGGCCAGUUACGCGCCCCUGCUCUGCGCCGGCGUGACCGUGUUCAAUUCGAUGCGGCAGAUGAACAUCCCGCCCGGCGAGACGGUGGCUAUCCAGGGGCUCGGCGGCCUGGGCCAUCUGGGCGUGCAGUACGCCAACAAGUUCGGCUUUCGCACCGUGGCCGUCUCGCGCGGCGCCGACAAGGAGGCCUUUGCCCGCAAGCUGGGCGCUCAUGAGUACAUCGAUACGACCAAGGUCCAGGCCGGGGCCGCGCUGAAGGAGCUUGGUGGGGCAGCCAUGAUCGUGACGACGAGCCCAAACGCGGAGCAGAUCCCGGAGUUGCUGCAGGGGCUGGGGCCGAGGGGGAAGUUGUUGAUUGUUUCCCUUCCGGGCGAGGUGCCCUUCAACAUCACACCAAUGAUCCAAAAGGGACUGUCCAUCCACGCUUGGCCCGCUGGACAUGCAACUGAUAUGGAGGACGCCAUCAAGUUCGCCCAGCUGCAGGACAUCGGUUGCAUGAUCGAGAAGUUCCCAUUGGAGAAAGCCAACGAGGCUUAUGAUGCUAUGCUCAGCGGCAAGGUCCGCUUUAGGGCAGUCCUCACCUUUGAGUAG